AAAUAUACAAUUGUUUUCAACUUAAACCCUAUUCUUUUUUAAAUUUUUAGUCUGUAAUCAUUCAUCAUUGAAACUUCAUUAGACUUUGUAAAUAAUUGUACAUAAAAUAUACACCGUUUAAAGUAACAAAAUUAUUCUUAACAAAACAUGGCAGAAGAAGAAUCAAAUUCCAAACCUUCAUAUCCUCUGAAAGUGUUUUAUUGCGGUAACUGUUCACUUCCUCCAGAAUACUGUGACUUUUCCUCAGACACAGAUCGUUGCCGGGAAUGGCUUGAAAAGUAUUUACCUGAUGAGUUUAAUAGAAUUAUGACAUGUAGUGGGACUGCUGGAGGUGAUGACUCCGAUGAGAAAAAACGCCAAAAACGUGGUGGAAAAGGUAUGGUUAAGUCAAAGAAGAAAGAUGAUGGGCCCAAACAAGUAUGUUUAUCCAGAGCACCAAGAGGCAAAAAGAAAUCUGUUACUGUCGUAACUGGCUUGAGUACAUUUAACAUUGAUUUAAAAGUUGCGGCUAAAUUUUUUGGUACUAAAUUUGCUUGUGGAUCAAGCGUUACAGGCGAGGAUGAAAUUGUCAUACAAGGUGAUGUCAAAGAUGACCUGUUUGAUAUAAUACCUGAAAAAUGGCCUGAAAUUGAUGAAGAUUACAUUGAAGACCUUGGAGAUCUUAAACGGUGAUCGCAAUAAAAUGUAUUUAUUUUCAAUGUGAAACAAACUAUUCAGCCAUUGAAGUUUUGCCUGGCCUAAGUCAAUAUUUAAUCUUCGUUGUUGUCACCUGGAAUAUUUAAAUGUAUGUAAUAAAUAUAUUUCUAUGGGAUAUAUAUUAUUACCAUUCACCUAUUUGUUAUUUAAUUUUUUAUUAUGUAAACAAUUCCCUUGUCCUCUUCUUCAAAAAAAGUAAAAGUUGACUGACAUUUUAUUGACUAACCAACAAUAAUAUAAUUUUUUUUUAAUUUACGUAAAUAGAUAACGAGCAAGUUAUAUUAAUAUGUUCUGCAAUGAAGUAAAAUUGUAAUUACUAAUUAGUAAUAUAAGGUUUUCCUUAUCAUACUCUAAAAAAAUAAUAAUUUUAAAUUCAUUAUACCAUAGAGAACAUAAUAUGAUCUGUAUGAUGAAAAUAAGUUUCAAAAAAUAAACCAUGUUGAUAAUCUACGAAA